AUGCCAAACCCAAACACCGGCGCAGUGAACCCAGUGCUCGAGCCAGAGGCUUUGCCCGAGAAUGCCAACGUCCCAGUCAAUGACGUGAAGGGCAGCUCGCCAGAGGGCAAGUACGGCGACAAGAACAACAAGAAGACCGAGGGCGGACGCGAGAACCAAGAACAGACCCGCAAAGCAAAGAGCUCGAAGAAUAACAAUGUGGGAGAUGAUACAAGUGCAAAGAAGUAA